CAUACUCCAGCCUGCCGCCUCCAUCGUCGCCUUCGCAGGGUUUCAACUCCUCGGCGAAAGGGAAGCUUGAGAAGUCAAUGGUUGCUGAUAAUGAUUCAGGGGAGAGCGUAGCGAGUGAAGUACGCACAAGUUCUGGAAUGUUUCUUUCCAAAAGACAGGAUGAUAUAGUUGCUACUGUCGAGGCAAAACUUGCUGCUUGGACUUUUCUUCCCGAGGAAAAUGGACAAUCCAUGCAAAUACUGCACUACGAGAAUGGCCAAAAAUAUGAACCGCAUUUUGACUUCUUUCACGACCAAGUAAACCAACAGCUUGGUGGUCAUCGGAUCGCCAUUGUAUUGAUGUACUUGUCCAACGUCAAAAAGGGUGGAGAAAAUGUGUUUCCCAUGUGGAAGAUCUACAAGGCUCAGAGGAAUGUGGUUCUGUGUGCGGCUGGGAUCCUUCUCUACUGGUGUAUUCAUCACAUCUGCAAGUACAACAAAGACCUUGAACAUUUGGAGGAACUAGAGAAGAGAUACAAGGCAGAGUAG